GGGAAGCCCGCGUAGUGAGGAAGAGAGGCUGGAGCCGGUCUUGCACUGGGGAGGGCGCCGCUCCCAGAAUGCACCUGGCAUCAACACGGCGGCGGCGGUGGUUUCCAGCAGACUCCGGGGCGCCGAGCGGACUGGCACGCAGCCCGGGGACUCUGAGGCGGGGUGCAGGUGUUGAGGGGCGACUGGAGCCAUGGCGGAGUCGGCGCCUGCUCGGCACAGGAGAAAACGACGCUCCACACCUUUAACUUCUUCCACACUUCCUUCACAAGCAACAGAGAAAAGCUCCUAUUUUCAGACCACUGAGAUCUCACUGUGGACGGUAGUGGCUGCUAUUCAGGCCGUGGAGAAGAAGAUGGAGUCCCAGGCUGCCCGGCUGCAGAGCCUGGAGGGACGCACGGGGACAGCUGAGAAGAAGCUGGCUGACUGCGAGAAGAUGGCCGUGGAGUUUGGGAACCAGCUGGAGGGCAAGUGGGCUGUGCUAGGCACCCUGCUGCAGGAGUACGGGCUGCUGCAGAGGCGGCUGGAGAACGUGGAGAACCUGCUGCGCAACCGGAACUUCUGGAUCCUGCGGCUGCCCCCAGGCAGCAAGGGGGAGGCCCCCAAGGUGUCCAGGUCACUGGAGAAUGAUGGCGUCUGUUUCACUGAGCAGGAAUGGGAGAAUCUGGAGGAUUGGCAGAAGGAGCUCUACAGAAACGUGAUGGAGAGUAACUAUGAGACACUGGUCUCUCUGAAGGUCCUUGGCCAGCCAGAGGGAGAAGCAGAGUUGGGUACAGGGAUGCUGGGUGACUUGGAGGAGGAAGGUCCUGGUGGUGCCCACCCAGCAGGUGGAGUCAUGAUCAAACAGGAGCUACAGUAUACACAGGAAGGCCCUGCGGAUCUUCCUGGAGAGUUCUCGUGCAUUGCUGAAGAGCAGGCUUUCCUGAGCCCGGAGCAGACUGAGCUCUGGGAUGGUCAGGGUGGUUCUGUCCUCUUGGAAACAAGUCCUGGGGACUCUACUCUAAAGGAGCCUGUUGGUAGUGGAGAUCCUAGCAGUGGCAGAACUUUGGGCUGCCCGAAGCAGAAAUCUCAUAGGCAGGUACAGCUGGGCCAGGAAUGUGGGCAGGGCCUGAAGCUGAAAAAGGACACUUCCCGCCCCUACGAAUGUUCUGAGUGUGAGAUCACCUUCCGUUAUAAGCAACAGCUGGCCACACAUUUGCGCAGCCACUCAGGGUGGGAGUCUUGUACACCUGAGGAGCCAGUAGAGAGCCUUAGGUCCAGGCCACGGCUGAAACCACAGACCAAAAAGGCCAAGCUGCAUCAGUGUGACGUGUGCCUGAGGAGCUUCAGCUGCAGGGUGAGCCUGGUGACCCAUCAGCGUUGCCAUCUGCAGGAAGGGCCCAGUGCCAGCCAACAUGUCCAGGAGAGGUUCUCACCCAACAGUCUGGUUGCCCUGCCUGGCCACAUCCCUUGGAGGAAAAGCCGGAGUUCCCUCAUCUGUGGUUACUGUGGCAAGAGCUUCAGUCACCCGUCUGAUCUGGUGCGGCACCAGCGCAUCCACACGGGUGAACGGCCCUAUAGCUGCACUGAGUGUGAGAAGAGCUUUGUCCAGAAGCAGCACCUCCUGCAGCACCAGAAGAUCCACCAGCGGGAGCGGGGCGGGGAGCCCGGAAGGCCCAAUGGCCUGCUCUAAGGGUGCAGCCCCUCGCCCGUCCGGGGGGCGGAGGGGGGUGGCAUUGGUUCCCCCAAAGAGACUGCUGAGUCAGGAACUGACUUCUUCCUGAGGGCAGUUGUUUCUGAUUUGCCUUCCCUUGUCCCAGUACCAAGCCAAGCUCAGAGGCUGUCCUGAAAAGCCUGUGGAAGAAGAGUCCAGCCCAGGUCUUUACCUUGCUGCUGAGUUUGCUGUUCCUUGGCACCUUCAGGUCUCUGGUUUUCUUAUUCAUGCUGAUGCUUGUGGGCUGGGGUUGGUGUUCUGACCCCACAGGGACUGGUGGCUGCUUCCAGGGCUUGUCCCGGAAUUUCACAUCUUCCCACAGGGUUGAGUUGGGUCAGGGUUGAGCAGCUGCCUGGAAGAGUUUUGGGAAGUGUAACCCUCCAUUUUUUUCUUGUUUUGUAAUCUCUGUUAAUAACAAGUAGAAGUAAUAAUUUAAAUGAAAUGCUUACCCUGCUCUGAAGAACCUUUUUUGGAAUUAGAUUUUAGUUGAUUUUUUAAAGAACACAGCCCAACACUUGCUUUUUACAUUUUAAGAGUUGUAGAAGUUGUUCCUAACUUGGGGACUGGGCCUACCCUCUAGGAGGGAAUUGUUAAUGGGGCUCUUUUAGCCCACCAAUGCUUACUUAGGCCAGAAGCAGGGGACACAGUGCUAGAUUCCCUUGUGGGGUGCUUGUCUCAAAAGGACCAAGAGGAAAAGAGUCGGAGGGAUAGACCCCGCAGCCCCUGCUGAGAAGAAAAGAGUCCAGUGAAGUGGCCGAUGGUGUGGCUGUGGUCUGGGACUUGCGGUGUCUCGGCAGGCGCCUCUCCUCUUCCCACCUCCUCCUUGCUGUGUUCUGCAGCCUCCUGGAGUAGAAGACUACUUUGUCACUUAAGGUUGUUCACCUCGUACCAGUGGCUGAGUUUGUUCCUAUUACACCAGUCCUUACUUGAGAUGGUUCAGAUUAUAGUUUCCAAAUUCAUUCUGGGAUUGACUAUUCCAGAGAAGGUAGAGAAAAAGCACACAGAUGCUUGUCUCAGGAGUGUUGAAUGUGUGCCCCGCUGCUGUCUGGGGGGAUGGGAGUGGGCUCUGGGGUCAUUUGUGAACAUCCCCUUGGAUGAUUUGCAGUUGCCUAGAAUAAAACUUGUACUAGCAAAAAAAAAAAGUUCAUACUAGAUGUUUUUCUCUGUUUGUCGAAACACUUUCCUGGGGCCAAGUUGGAGAAGAGGCACCUGAUCUGCAGUGAUGACAGGGAAGGACUGAUGGCACAGCCUAACUUGCAGUUUUAUUAAACCUAGGACAAAAGACAAGAAUAUUCAGUGGUCAGAAUAUACAGGGGACUGUACUUAUGGCAGAGAGCUGGAGACAGUCUGUGUGAUGGCUAUUGGGAAGUAGAAAGAGUAGGUGGAAUGUGGGUACCCCACGGAGUGCCAGGCAGCUGUUACGAACAUUGGCUUAGAUAUAUGUGUAGCCAUCUGGAUCCGUUGAAAUACAAUGCUGAGGGGAAAAGGUAAGAAACUGAGGUCUACAAUAUAACAUCAUUUAUAUAAAUUAAAAAUGCAUGCACAUAAAACAUUUUGUAAGAACACUUAAGACCGAAGGUGACAUGUCUGAGACAUUAUAGUUUUCCAUGGGGAGGGUGGACAAAUAAAUAGAAGGAAACUUUGUUCACUAUAAGGCAGAGGUCCCUAAUCUUUUUUUGGCACCAGGACCGGUUUCGUGGAGGACAAUUUUUCCAUGGACAGUAGGGGAUGGGAUAGUUUUGGAAUAAAACCGAUCAUCAGGCAUUAGAUUCUCAUAAGGAAUGCACAACCUAGAUCCCUUGCAUGCAUAGUUCACAAUAGGGUUCAUUCUCCUAUGGGAAUCUAAUGCUGCUGCUGAUCUGACAGGAGGCAGAGCUCAUCUGCGGUGUGGCCUGGUUCCUAACAGUCCACAGACCAGUACUGAUCCAUAGCCCAGGGGUUGGGGCCCCCUGCUAUAAGGUAUGGGAUUGUUAGAGAGAACGUGGAGGGAGUCAUCGUAGGGCUGGUGCUGUGCAAGUGGUAGCUUCAUCAGGAAAACCUUCGGAGUUUCUUUCCUAAGUUUCUUCUGCAGUCUUCCCUUAUUCUUAAGCCUUUGCCUUACAGAUAACCCCUCUGUCCAUCUCGUCCUUAGUUGUUAUUACUUCCUGGUUGUUGAGUGUUUUAAUGUGACCAGCCUUGGGCCUUGUAUAGUGGGGAAAAGUGAAGCACAGAAUAUGGUCCUAUGUCUCCAAUAAAGUUAUGUUUUCCUUGA